AUGGCACCGUUAUUCGGUGUACUAUUUCUUGUAUUGAUGCCGAUGUGUUUUACGCAAUAUGCAAUUUAUGUCGAACCUGGCGGAACUCUCGAGUUGACGGGAACGGGCAACUCCUACCAUGUUUUUCAUACUGUCGGAGGUAACAGAGUCUCCUACCGUGGCCCGGAUGAAUCAAAUGUUAACUCACUACUCAAUAUAUUAGCCAAUUCCCAGUCCUACAAAGACGAGCAAGCUAAGCGGCUCAAUCCACCUGCUCACGUGCCAUCAUGUGCGAUGAAACAACGUAAUUUUUCUCUCAUUCUGCGUCUGUUUGAUUAUCGAUCGAACAUUUCCCAUCUCGUUGUCCCGUUGUACGUGAAAGCCUACCGACUAAUCCAUUAUGACCUGCUCCACACAUUGUUGAAUGUCAAUGCGAGUGGUAUCUUUCAGACGAAUGAAUUAACUUCUAAACUUAGUUCUACCGUGUCCACAUUGAACAUUACACUUCAUAGAGCCGUUCUGGCCUGCACUCUAAUUAAAAAUUUGGCCGCUCAUGCGGAGGGAACAACUAUCUUAAGUAUGGACGAUGUUGAGUCAACUGUCCGCUCGCAUGAAACAUGUCUAGCCGAGUUUCAUGCAUCUCUCACUGGACUACAAAGUCGAUUGGGUUUGGCCAAUUCGCAUAAUCAACAAAUACAAGCGGACUACUCGCAUGCGCUGCAAUUGUAUAACGAAGCCACCGAGCGAUAUGAAGAUUGCUGGUUUUUCUGUGGUGAUCUCGAAGACGCAAUGAACACUGCAAGGACGUCAUUAGUGACUACUCAGCAUAGGAAAACGGAAGCAGCCAAGUACACCGGCAAUUUGACCAAAGAUAUAAUCAGUCUUGAGACAGAUGUUCAACACUAUCGAAAAGAACUUGAUUUCAAGAAGAACGCGUUGCAAAGUAUCAGACAACAACAAUCAAAGUUGGCGACAGUUAUGAAAGAAUUAAAAGAAGCAUUGAAACACGUAACAGACUUUCACGAUGUUUUUGAUUCACGAAGUACGUUCAAUUCUAUUGUUCAGAAUUUAUUUACACUUGACACGGUUAUAAUUCCAUUGAAUGCUAUCUAUGAAGUGAUGCAGGAAAAUUAUAAGAUGGCCCCAUUUGCUGGUGGUCUUAUCUCGACGGACACGAUCAAUCAGUUCAAGUUGAAGCUCAACAUUCUUAAGGUGAAAGCAGAGGAAAUGGAUCAAAAUUUGUUCAAUAACAACUACGAAGAUUAUGAUUAG